CUCAUCCCUGAUUACUUCCUCAGUUUCAAAUCCAUGGCAAUAGAUUUUCCUCCAUACCAUUUCAGAUGCCCCAUUUCCAUGGAGCUCAUGAAGGAACCUGUUACCAUCUCCACCGGCGUCACGUACGAACGUGUCAACAUCGAGAAAUGGUUCUUCACAUACAAGAAGAAGACAUGUCCGGCCACAAUGCAAAUAAUCGAAGAUUUCGACACCAUACCAAAUCACAUUCUCAAGAGGCUCAUUCUUGCAUGGCAAACCCAAGGGGAUCCUAAAUCAUCUUCGUCUGAGUUAUCGAGUUCGCCUUCGGAUAAACAUGAGGAUAUUGAAGAUCUUCUCAGUACAAUCAUGUCGUCCCCAUUCAAGGUCAGUUCCUUAAAGAAACUUCGUUCCAUCAUCGACAUGGGCGAGGAGACGAAAAAUGACUUCAUCAGGUCUAAUGGAGUGGAAGUUCUUGUUCAAAUACUUGAACAAAUACUUACAGAGAACUCGGAUCUCGUAACCUUUCGGGCUUGCGAGGAAGCUCUUUGUAUUCUUCACCAAUUUCCUAUCUCGGAGGAAGAAGGUGAUACUUUUAAGUUGCUGUCAAAACAAGAUUCUACCAGAUCAAUGGCAAUCAUGCUACAGCGCGGGAGCGCUGAAGCACGCCUUCACACCAUUACCAUUUUCAAGAAGAUGGCAAAAACCAAUUACGACUGGAACUUUGUGAUACAAGAUCAAGGUAUGGAUUUCUUCAAAUCCUUGUUGGAACUUGUUUCGGACGAAAUAUGCAGCAAAGCAAGCUCUUGUGCCUUGGAAGUGUUGAUAGAAAUCUUGAGAGCAUCAAAGAAAAACAAGUUGAGGGCAAUUGAAGCAGGUGCAGUUUGUGUCCUAAUAGAGCUAUUGCCGGAGUCCAGCAGAUCCAGAUGUGAGAAAAUGUUGCAAGUUAUCAAGUUACUAUGUGAAUGUGCUGAGGGGAGGCUUGCCCUGGUGGAACAUGGCAUGAGCAUUGUCGCGAUUUCGAAGAAGAUGUUGCACGUCUCCAAUGUUGCCACCAAGAUUGGGGUGAAGAUUAUGUGGUUGGUUUGUAAUUUUCACCCGACGGAGAAAGUACUGGAUGAUAUGAUGAUUUAUGGAUCGGUGAAGAAGCUUCUUGCACUGUUGCAUAUGGAUGGCAGGUCGUCGACGAGGGAUAAGGUUGUGAAGAUCUUCAAGAUGCAUGGAAAUACAUGGAAACGGUACCCUUGCUACCCUUGUGAUUUGAAGGGCUACUUGGGAUAUGUCAAUGAAAAUUGCUAGGUUUAGGGUUUUUUUUUUCUUUUUAAUUUUGUACUAAAUUUUCAAAUACAGCAAGCAGUAGACAAUUUUGUGGAC